ACGGUUCUGAAUAAUAAAAUCCAGAUAAGUGAGAUAUGUGUGGGUCUUCGCGUAAAUAAUGCGCUGCAAUCGGUCGGCUUUUAACGACAAUGGCCGCUCAAAAUAAAGUUGAAAGUGGGUCGGAUGAGAUGCCGGCGACGUCGGCUGACCCGAGCACUGAACAAAAGGAUCGAUUGAUAGCUGCUGUGAAGAAAGAAGUUAAGCAGUUGAUGGAAGAGGCUGUUACGCGUAAAUUUGUUCAUGAAGAAAGUGGAGGGGUGACUGCACUCUGUGGCGCGGUGGAAGCAUGCCUCGGUCAAGGUCUCAGACGCCGCGCACUCGGCCUCUUCAAGACCAGCUCGACUACCGCCUUGUUGCACAAAAUUGCUAAGAACUGUCCAGAAGCGGCAUUAGUCUCAGCUCGAGUUCUAGCUGCUGAAGGGGCUCCAGCUACGAGAUCAGCGUCUGGGGUGGAGAGGCGACCGUCAGCUCCUCGUCCUCCUCUUAAUAAAAGAGGAUCCGGGUCCCUGUUGUCACAGCCGCCACCCCAAUCAAAGUACCUUUGGAUACGAAUAGCUCUGUUCGAACGUCAACUGGCUAAAAUUAUCGAACAUUUAGUCAACAAUGCCAGUAGAUACUACGAAAGAGAAGCACUGGUAGCGGAUCCUGACUACGGCAGUAUCCUGAGUUCUUUACUGGUUGGUCCUUGUGCCUUGGAAUACUCUAAGGCCAAGGCUCCGGCUUGCUUUUGGUCAGAUCCUCCGGCUGAUGAACUGGUUCAGAGACAUAGGAUGUCAGCCGGUACGACCACGCCGCCGUCUGUACGGAGGCCCAUUCUUAACUUUAGAAGAAGUCUCAAUGCGUCUUCAGAUGACGGCAGUACAGUGACUACAGGAACUGCAAAUGCAACUGCGUCCAACGCUAAAGAUUACGUUGAGAGUUUACAUCAGAAUUCGAGAGCGACUCUUCUAUACGGCAAAAACAAUGUUCGAGUUCAGCCGAAAGACGUUGAGGAGCCUAUGGCUGGUUACUUGAGCUUACAUCAAACAGCCGCUGGACUCGUUAUCAAGUGGACUCCCAAUCAACUGAUGAACGGUUACGCCGAAAGCGAGGGAAUUGACAAAAGUCAGUAUCGUUGGCACCUAGUGCAUGUGUCGGCGUGUCCACAUGAGUGUAUUCUGUGCAGUGCAGCUCCUUGCACCGUGUAUAGACGAAGAUGUGCCGGUUCGCUUUGUAUCAAUUGCGUGUACUGGGCGAUGUCGCUACAAGUCUGUGUAUGGGAAGUGGUAUAUGUUCACGUUCAUCGAUCUAAAUUGAGUGAUGCUCUCAUUUUGGUUGGACAAGAUGGAGUUCAACGACCUCCUAUACAUUUUCCCAAAGGAGGACAUUUGCUGUCAUUUCUAAGUAGCUUAGAAACAGGCCUACUUCCUCACGGUCAACUCGAUCCACCACUUUGGUCGCAACGAGGAACAGGAAAGGUGUUUGGUCGUGGCAAAGUCCGCAGGCAACCCUUGCCGAGCUUGUGCGAGAGCGGCGAGACGGAUGAUCCCGAUUGGGAAGAAGUAGCGGGAGACUAUGUGUUCCGAAUAGUCAACAAUGCUAUUACAGAUAGAGAAGCGAUGCGCCACUCGCUGCUGGAGCGCGCGGUGCAGUCCCCGCCGCGCACGCCGCGCCGCCCGCUGGCGUCCACGUCCACCACGUCGUCCGACUCGUCCACCAUGUCCGUGGACUACCCGCCGCCCGCGCUCAACGGACACGCGGCGCUGCCUGCGCCCAACCCCAUCGUGGAGGAGGUUGCAUCGAUCGAGCUUGUCUGUAGUACAAUGCGUCGACAAAUCAUCUCACGGGCAUUUUAUGGUUGGCUCGCUUAUUGCAGACAUCUGUCCACAGUGCGAACACAUCUUAGCGGAUUAGUGAAUCCGAAUAUAAUAUCAAGAGAUGGUAUAGAAACUGGUCUAACCGAAGAGUUGUGGCGAUCCAUGAUGGACAAUCGAGGUAUUGUGAUUGAUAAAGAUGAAGUGUACAGGAUAGUUUACUACGGCGGUGUUCAACAUGAUAUUAGAAGAGAGGUCUGGCCGUUCCUCUUAGGAUAUUAUGAGUUUGGCUCAACAGCCGAAGAAAGGAUCGAACAGGACGUGAAUUACCGAAGACAAUACGAAACAACAAUGUCCGAAUGGUUGUGCGUGGAAGCGAUCGUGCGACAAAGAGAUAGAGAAGCUACCGCUGCGUCAAUCGCUCGACUCACGGAAUCUUCAGGAAAACCAAGACCUGAAGUCAACGAGCCUGGCGAGAUCUUUGAAGAUGAUUGCAGCGUCAUAUCAGACAAUCCACCAAUUGUCUCACCCGAGCCCAGUGAGAACGAACAAAGGAAACAUGAAUCUAAACCUAUACUUUCAAGAGCACCCAGUAUAGAUGAAGUCGACAAUAUUGAAAUGGAUUCAGAAGAGAGAGCCAAAGAAUCUAACAAAGUAAACGGUGAUACGGAAUCGGAGACCAUUGAUAGCAGGGAUAUAGACAGUCUAGGUGACUUAGACGAUGACGACGAAGUAUAUAUUAAGAGUGUCGUCGAAAACCCGGAUAUGAGACGCGAGAGUAUAGCUGAGAUUAAGAGACUUGCGGAAGGAUUCGUACAAAAGGGUGAAGGGAGAGGUCUAUUGUGCAGUGUCGACAGUGCCAACGUUAACCUUAAUGGGAGUGACUUGAAGUCGUCUAUAGAUGAAUAUCAACCGAGCACGCAUCAGCAGCAUACGAGCGUUAUUAUAACAAAUCCAUCUGUUGAUCUAGCUCCAUCUGGUUCUCCUGCGUCUGCUGGUACUACAGCCAACGCGAGCCCGGCGCGCAGCCCGCUGGGCGUGGUGCGCGAGGAGUCGCAGUCGGCGGGCGCGUCCUUCGACACGCUGGAGCCGAGCGACGCGCGCCCCGACACGCGCUCCGCCUGCGUGUCCCCCGCCAGCUCCAACGGCGGGGUGUAUUCCAACGAAUUGGUCGAGAGUUUUGCUCUGAAUCUGCAUAGAAUUGAAAAAGACGUUCAAAGGUGCGACAGGAACUACCCAUUCUUCACAGAUGAGAAUUUGGAUAAGCUGAGGAAUAUUAUGUGCACGUAUGUAUGGGAACACCUGGAGACAGGAUACAUGCAGGGCAUGUGCGACCUGGUGGCGCCGCUGCUGGUCAUCAUGAAGGAGGAGGCGGUCGCGCACGCGCUGUUCUCGCGGCUCAUGCACCGCGCGAGGGACAACUUCCCGUCUGGUCAGGCUAUGGAUGCGCAUUUUGCUGACAUGAGGUCACUCAUUCAAAUCCUGGACUGUGAGUUAUACGAACUGAUGCACGCGCACGGGGACUACACUCACUUCUACUUCUGCUACCGCUGGUUCUUGCUGGACUUCAAGCGAGAACUCGUCUACCAGGACAAAACAAAAAUGCCAAUUGGUAACGUGAACAGAGAGACGGCCCCGAAAAGGGAAACUUUCAGGCCUCCAUGGGUUAAGGAGAAGGAUACAGAGGCGCCACCUGCCUGGAUGCAAAAAAAAUUAAAGCCUGUGGAAAGUACUACGAAAAACGCGGAAAGUGACACUGCACCUGCACCUUCUGCAACAGCAAAGCCGCUGAAACCUGUUCUGAAAAAGCAGUCAACUAUAAGAGAAAAAACUGAAAACGGUGUGUCUGAACAAACAGAAGAAAAACUCGUUAAGCCAUCAGCAGCCAAGCAAGCUGACAAAGCUUCAAAAUCUGAAGACAAACCAAAAUUUGUAAAACCAUCUAUAAAGUUCAACGAAAAAACAAGUAAAUCAGACGAUAAAGUUAAUAACGAUAAACUACCAGAAAGACCUAUUCUCAAAAGCGUUAGAACUAUUGAUGAUAAAGUUAAAGAAAAAUCUGUUAGUAUUAAUGAUAAAAAACCAAUAGAGAGAAAUGAAACGCUAAAACAGAACAAUACGAUAAAUGAUAAAGAUCCUAAAACAACUAACAGCAUAAAAGAUCUCAAAAAAGAUAAAACUAUUGAAAAAACAAAGGCGGAUGAGAAGCCUAUUAAUGAUAAAUUAAAUAAAAGCUUAAACAGUAACUCCACCAAGGAGAACAAAAAGUUUGAAAAAGUUUCAGAAAAAUCAAAAGAAGAAGAGAAGAUUGAGGAUAAGUCUAAAAUGGCUACUAAACCACCGACUCCCCUUGACAAAACUCCUUCCAAGCUUCCACCGCGCAAGCCAUCGUUACAAAAAGCGCCAUCAAAGGAUGAUGUUAUGAUAAAAAAAUGGAGGGACCCAUUACACGAACGCGUUAAAGAAAAUAUUGAUAAAACCUUGGCAAAUGAAAUUCCAAAAGGACACACUUUAACUAAGAACGAAAGCCUAAGAAGCUUAUUAAAACCUACACCACCACCGAUGCCACCGCCAUUGCCACCGAAGCUCCCACCACCACCAGACUUUAAAAAGGCACCUAUUGAUCCUACAAAAUUGAAAAAAAUCGAACAACUCCGUAGCCGACCAAGACGGAGGCCUGAUUGGAGCGAUAUGAUGAAAGAGGUAGAGCAAGGAAAAAAAUUAAAACAUGUUGUAUGUAAUGAUAGGUCAAAACCAAUCAUUACACAAUCAGUAGUGAUUAAAAAUAAGGAUCAAUUUAUAUUUGAAUCUGAACAACCUAAUUCUCACAAUGAGCUGCUGAGGGAAAUAACAAAAGGUGUAAAACUCAAAAAAGUGAGAACAAAUGAUAGAAGCAAACCUAAUUUAGAAGGCUUAAGGAAAUUCAGAAGGCAAAUGACUAUAGAAGAACAAGUCCAGAAAUCAAUGUCACAGGCCAAUAUUGCUGCUUCCCCAUCGGGUGUAUCUAUAGCAGAGACACCUCAGGCUGUUGAAGAAGAUGAAAUUGAUGAGAUGGAUGAUAUUGACAAAGUUAGAGAUGAUCUUCAAUCUACUAAGCAGCUAUUAGCUAUUGAACUUAGAAAUAAAGAAGCACAAGAAAGAGAAAACAAACGUUUGCUGACUAGAAUACAAAAUCUAGAAGCGGAGCUGGCAAGAGAACGCGCUAUUAUAAAACAAGAACAACACAAAACUGUGAUAUCAGUGACAGACGCCUAUGAUGAAAGAUUAGUUAAUAAUCUAAAAAUGGAAGUUGAAAAGGCGAAAGAAACGGCGGAUAAUUUGGAAAAGCAGUAUUUAGUAGCAGCAGAAGAAAGAGACGAUGCACUGACAGAAUUAGAAGAAGUCAAGAGGCGAAAUGCAGAAUUGGAAAGGAAAUUAGAGCAGGCUCUUUCAGAUAAAAUUGACGAGUUAAUGAAAUCGGAGGAGCCCUUAUCUUUCUAUCAAAAAAGUCAACUUGACUUUUUAAAGCAGUGUAGGUUAUUGAAUAUAGAUGUUAACUGCCCUGAAGCUCAGCAAUUAAAGUCAGACCUUGCUGAUGCUAAUACUACUAAUAAUGCUUUUACUAAUAAUCAAGAGGAUGAGGGAAUCAUUCCUACAAGCGCUGGAUCAAGACGUUCCAGUCAUGCCAUCAAGCAACUGUCCGUGACAAAGGAUGACAGCUUUGAUGAAGAAGAAGAAUCAGAAGAAGAAGAGGAGGAGAGUGAAGAAAAGAAACAAAAGAGAUUAGAGAAAGAAAUCCGCAACAUGAAAAAUAAAAUCCGUCAUUUGAAGGAGAAGCAAGAUAACAUGAAGAGGGAAAGAAUGGGAUAUAAAAUGGCAUUAAAGAAUCAGCAAGCUUGUCUCAAGGAAGAAAAACGUAAGUUUAAAGAACUAAAACGCGAAGUUGAUAAAAUGGCUGCCAUGAUGAAAGAAGUUGGUACGGAUGAGGAAGAUGAAGAAGACGAAGAGGAGGAGUCUGAAGAAGAAAAAAAGAGUGAGACUGAAGAGGAAGAAACUGAGACCGAAACAGAACAAGAUACUGAAAGUGAAACGGAGAGUGAAAGUGAACCAGAGGACGCGCCGCUACCUAAAAAGAAAGACAAUCUCACGAAGCGUUUGAAAAGACAUGAAACGAGAGUAAACGCCUUGAAAAAGGGCAAUACACUUCUUAGUGCGAAUGUCGAUCGACUAAAAGACGAUGUACUCAUACAGAAGGAGAAGUCACUCUCCCUCCAGAAAGAACUAGACUCUCUUAUUGAAGAUUUAGAAUAAAAAGGGAUAAAUAAUUAUUUUGCGUAAUUUCAGCUUUUUAAUAAUGCGUCUAAUAUAAAAAAUAAUACUCAAAGUGAUUGCUUAAAAUUUAUAAAAUAAAUGAUAUUAUAUAAAUUGUCAUUUUGCACACUGACUACUGAUGUUAUUUUUAUUUUUAGUAAUGAUUUGAUACAUUUAUAUCGAUAAUAAUUAAUGAGUAAAGCACGGCUUAAAUUAUGUACUUACUGAAAUUAAAUUGUGAAAUAAAAAAAAAAUGUUAAUAUUUUAUAAUAUCAUCAAAUGAGUUUGGAAUCUCAGUAUUUAUUAAGAAAUAUUAUCUAUGCUAUCUGUGUGAAAAAAGUUUUUGUCGCUAGCUUUUUUUUGUAUAUCCAUGUAAAUAGACUGAAGUAACCGGAUUUUAGGUAGCUUGGAUCUAUAAAUUAUCUUCGACUUUUAAUUCUGUAUUUACAAACUUAAUAUGUUGUUUUAGGUAGAUAGGUAUAUAAUAUAAUUAAAAUAAUAAUGUUCAUUAUAUAAAUAAGUUUUUAAAUAAAACAAUACGUUAAAUUCAAUUAAUACCAGCAAAUUAAAUAACUUGUAUAAAACAAUGAAAAUUAAAAAAAAAUGUGGCGAAAAUGUGAAUUAUAUUCAUCUUUAUAAUUAAAGUAUGUUAACUUUAUGUACUACGAAUAUUAAAAAAAUAAUUAUUGUACAGUUUUGUAAGACGGUUAUUUAUUAUUUUAUGAGACGUGUGUAUAUAAUCACUUGUCAUUAUAUAUAUAACUAUGAUAUAUGGUAUGCUUCUCAUAAUUCCUAUUAUUACUAAACUAAAAUUCUUUGUAUAACGAUAAUUUAAACCACAGACAUAUUUUAAACACAAUAAAAUUUAACGCACAC